AUGGCUAUGCUAACCACUGGACUGGAGGACGAGCAUAUCGGCGUCGAUGACUUGAACUUCUUAGCCUUGCUUGGUGUUGGUGUUUUUAAUGAAGUCCUGUUAGCAGAGAGCAAGACCUCGAAGAAGUUGUAUGCAGUAAAAUCCUUGCAGAAGAAGUCUAUCAUCUCCUACAACGAGACGAACCAUGUUCAAAUUGAGAAGCGCGUGCUGCUUCUUGCCAACAAGGAUCGUCACCCGUUCCUUCUCAACAUGCAUGUCUGUUUCCAGACCGAAAAUCAGCUCUUCUUCCUUGUGAACUACGUAGCUGGUGGCAAUCUCUUGCUACAUAUUCAGCGCGGAGUACGCUUUCGUCUUGAACAGGCUCAGUUUUAUGCCGCCGAGAUCUGUCUGGCACUCAAAUAUCUACAUGAGCAUGGCAUCAUUCACCGCAACUUGAAGCUCAGCGACAUUCUCUUGGAUCUCGAAGGCCACAUUAUGAUCAGCGACUACAGGUAUUGCAAAGAGGAUAUGUGGCACAAUUCCAGAACCCAUACUUUCUGUGGCACUAAUGAGCGAUUGCCGCCUGAAGUCCUUUUGGAUGAGCCCUAUGGUCGUGCUGUGGAUUGGUGGGGUUUUGGUAUAAUGCUUUACCAGAUGCUCUGCUAUUCUACUCCAUUCCCAGGAGAUGAUGAGGACGAGAUCUAUGAUGCUAUUCUGGAUGAUCAGCCGACAAUGACGAGCAAUCUGUCCCCGGAAGGUAAGUCUAUUCUGCAAAAUUUACUGCAAAAGAAACCUGAGCGUAGACUUGGGAGUGGACCCAUGGAUGCACAAGAGAUUAUGUCGCAUCGAUUUUUCAAGGAUAUUAUCUGGGACGAUGUAUACCAUAAGAGAGUGGAAGUCCCGUUCAAGCCCACGAUCAGACACCCACAAGAUACUAGCAAUUUCGACCAGUCUCUCCAAGAGUGCGACUUUACACCAGUGGGGCUGUCUGAAGGCGCAGGUAUGUCAUGA